AUGUCGACCAACAAAAAACGAACCUCGGACGGCCCCGGCGCACCCUCUCUAAAACGCCGAAAAGCAUCGACCCUCUCGACCGCUUCCGGGGCUGCUGGAUCGGCCCACCCGCUGCGCCAGACCUCAUUCCCACCCGACGACUCCUCCGCGCUUUUCGGCGGCGUACGGUCGCCCUCGGUCGAUGUCGACACCCUCAGCCUCGUCAGCGGCAGCCAGGUCAGCGCCGCCGCGCCGAUUAAGAAGAAGCGCGGCCGCAAGUCCAAGGCCGAGAAGGCCCGCGAGCAGACCCCGUCCGUCGUCGGCGGGCGCGCCGCCACCGCCGUCAGCGGCGUCAGCGGCGAGGGUGGUGGUGGCCGCGGCGGGAAGAGCGUCGCUGGCGGAGCGGGCGGUGGUGAGGAGGGUGACGGCGAUGACGAGGGCCCCACCGAGGUUGCUGCGACCGCCGAUGUCCGCACCAAGGAGCAGAAGGAGGAGGAGCAUCGGAUGAGGGGCAUGCUCAUUAGUGCGCUGUCUGAAGACCAGUUCUAUCGGUUCGAAAACUGGCGCGCCGCAAAUCUCAGUAAAGCGUCGGUGAGAAGGGUAAGGAUAUGUCGUCUUUUGGCUUUGUUUGAGCCCUGGCCCAUUCACACACCAGAACUUCCGCUAACCUCCACCCAGCUUGUCAACGCGACUAUUUCUCAGUCCGUGGCCGAAAACGUCGUAAUAGGAAUGCGAGCGGUGGCCAAGGUCUUCAUCGGUGACAUCAUUGAGAGCGCGCGCCGCGUGCAGGGCGAGUGGAUCGAGAGGCUGGACGAGAAACAGACCGACCUGCCCACGCCGCCCGCCACCGUCGCGCCGACCCCGAACCCCGAUGGCGAAGCAGACGAACAACCGAGGGAAGCGAGAGAUCCGAAGGAUAUACGGGACUCCGAAGUUGACGACCGCCGGGGACCGCUGCGCCCGGAGCACCUCCGUGAGGCCGUACGGCGAUACAGGAAGGGCUUCGAGGGCGGCGGAGUUGGCAUGCAAUGGGUCUACCAUCAGCAGCAACAGGGUGGUGUGGAGAGAUUUCCGACGCGGACAGGAGGUCGUAGGAUAUUCCGUUAA